AUGCAUCGCGGCUACCACCACCACCACCACCACCACCAGGAAGAAGAAGAGCGCCGGGACGAUGAUGGGUACGACGAGGAUUGGGACGACGACGUCUACUACGCCGCAGCGUCCAGGCCCGAUUCGACGGGGAGCGAGAGGGCAACGGGUCGCGAUAACCAGACUACUAGCGGAGGAGGCGGGCAAGGGGGGGGGCAGGGGUCGGGAGGAGCAGGAGGAGGCGGUGCACGGGGGGGGGGGCGCAGCGGGCGAGAGCGAGCGACCACGAAACGGCACUACAUGAAGGUGCCAAACAUGCGACACCUGCGGGCGAUGAGACCCACACCGACACCCGCCGCCGCCGCCGCCGCCGCCGCCGCCGGGGACGCCUUUCCGCUAGGCGGCCCCUUCCACGACCUCCUCAACAACAGCAACCAAGGCCGCGACCUCUCCUCGACCAGGGCAAGCGUUAGCACAGACCCGGGCGACACGCCGUCUUCGUCCACGGCGUCCCUUGGCGACGGCAGCGGCGGCAGCGUGCCCCCGCUGGGGCAGCUAACGCCCCCGUCGCUGCCUCCGGGAGCGGACGGGACGGGGGUAGGAGGGGUGGGAGCCGGUGAUGAUGAUGGUGUUGCAACCCAGGGGACGAUGUCCACGAGCCACCGGACUGCAGAAACGCCUGCCGCCGUCACCUGGCCCUCGCUUGGGGCAAGGGACAACAGCAGCAACAACAACCACGCUGGCGUCAACAAGGCGGCGGUGCACCAACCCGAAGGGAGCGAGAGCAGCCUCAUGCACUUGAGGGGCUCGCCGAGACGGCGACGCGGCUGCAGGGACGACGCAAGCCGCCCGAGCGACCGAACACAGCUCGGGGCUAAGACGGCAUCGUCGUCGCCGCCUUCGACGGCGGCGGCCGCCGCCAGGCGGGGGCAACAAGGGUCUCGGAGGUCUACGACGCCAACGUCGUCAUCGCCAGCGGCAGUCGCCACGGGCGUGGCAGCGGGCGUUGCCCCUGCAUGUUCGGCCGCCGGUGGCGGCAAGAGAAAGAGGCCGGCAUCGGCGACCGGGGGGGGACCCGGGCAGAGGCGGGGGCAACAAGGGUCUCGGAGGUCUACGACGCCAACGUCGUCAUCGCCAGCGGCAGUCGCCACGGGCGUGGCAGCGGGCGUUGCCCCUGCAUGUUCGGCCGCCGGUGGCGGCAAGAGAAAGAGGCCGGCAUCGGCGACCGGGGGGGGACCCGGGCAGAGGUUCGGCGCGACGGCGUGGCCCAAACUCCGUGGCGGAGCCCCCCCCCCCCCACCCCGAAGAGGAGUCCCCCAGGGAGGAGGAGGAGGAGGAGGAGGAGGAGGAGGAGGCGUGCGCGAAGCGGGGGGACGGGGGACGGCAUCGACGAGUGGUCGCCCGGCCGGAGGAAGGGAUGGAGAAGGGGGAGAGAGGCGGCGACUUUCAGGCGCAGCCGACUGCUCUUGGCAUUCUCCCUCGCUCCACACCGGAUCGCCCGACGCUGCUUCUUCUAGGCCGCCCUCUCGACAAGGCCACGGAAGUGGCAACAGCAAGGGCAAGGGCCCGGCAUUGCGAGGCGACGGCGGCGGUGGUGCCGGUGUGAACGUUGGUGGCGGUGGCGGUGGCACAAAGGCGGCGGGGGCGGCCACGAGGGGCCCUUCCCUCCGGGAUAGGCCUGCCAGAUGGGCUGCCAAGGGCGGUGGGUCCAGCGUGUGGUCGCCGCUUCGCGCCCCAGGUGCUCCCCGCGGGGGUACCGGAAACGCGGGCAACAGCUAUAGCAACAAGAACAGCACAUCGUCGUGUGGGAAUGCUGUCUCGGGGAAGAACUCGCCGGGCAGGAGCGUAUCGUCCAGGUUUUCGCCUUCUCGCCGGGGGGCCGGGCUUCCUCGCACAGGGAGGGGCGGCGGGGACGCCGCGGCCUCGUCUCGAUCGAGAGGGGGAGAAGAUGGGGAAGGCGAAGAGGCUCCCACGUUCGAGCUGACAUCGGUGUUCCAAGCCACCCCUGCCAGCUCUUCGGUGUCGCCUCGACCCAGGGGCUCAGGCGGUCACACUCCGGGGGGACGGUGGAGGGGAUCUCAGCACCCCGUGGUCCGGGCCGGGCAGCGCGCUGGCUGCUCCUCUGGCGGCGCAGCAGCAGCAGCAGCAGCAGCAGCUGGCACGCCGCCGUCGUUCGACCCUACCCGCCUGGCGGCGCGGCCGAGACCGGUCGGAGGAGAAACAGAGGAGGAACUGCAGGAGGUGGAAGAGGUGGAGGAGGUGGAGGAGGUGGAGGAGGUAGGGUCCGACGACUAUGGCGAAGACGGUGGCGAGGGUUUCCUCAGCAGCAACGCUUGUCAGGUCGCUGACGGGGAUCGGGGGGCGUCGCAGGAGGGUCGCGGUGGCGAGGGCUGGCGAGAGGCGGAUGGCGGAGCCGGAGGCGGAGCCGGAGGCACCGGGAGGAGCGGCGAGGACGCACCCGGAGUAAAGAAAGAAGCUGUUCCAGACUCGCGUCGGCUUGGCACUCUCCCGGGCGAGACUCCUGGCGCAGAAGCUGGGACGGCGAUGGAGGCGUUGGCCUUGUCCCCGGCCGCUGCGCGACGGCCGCAACGAGUCAACGAUACCGCCGCAGAAGCCACCGCGACUGCGGCGGCGGUCGAGACACCGCGAGGUGCAAAACGUCGUCAUCACGAGCAACAGGCGGAGAGGCAAGGGGGUCGACAGAGCGAACCCAUCAAAGACCGGAGCAGCCCCCCGCCUCGCACCCCCGUCCGACCCCCGCGAACGAUGUUCGCGCCUUCCACCUUCGGACGGAGCGGCCCUACUGCUUCUUCCGCCGCCGCCGCCUCUACUUCUGCAUCCACCACCGGCGGGAAGUGGCGGCCGUCCUUCGGCAGCGCCAGCGGUGCGAGGGGCGGCGGGCAGUCUCCGGCCGCCGGCGCGAUGCACGCCCCCCGGGCGGCGUUCUCCACUCCCGCAAGGGACAGGGACAAGGACAGGGACAGGGACGGGGUCGUGAUGCCGCCAUCGGGGUCUUUGGGGACGGGGGCUACGGGUUCGGCCUCGGCCAGGCGGAGGAAGGGGAGCGGGGCGGGGAACGGGCCUUUGGGUCGCCUUCUGCAGCAGGUGAGAGCGCGUUGCGACGGCGACGAGGCGCGCCUCCUCUCGGGGGAGUUCCCCUUCAGACAGCCGUCGUCGGCCUCCAAGGCCACCACCAGCGGCAACAACAACAACGGCCACCUCGACGACGUCGGAGUCGGCGGCGGCGGAAGCGGAGGCAAGAGCCGGAGAGAUCCCGGCGACCCCAGAACUCGUUGCAGGGUGGCGCUGGACGCCACGGUAAUGCUCCCCGCUGCUACGCCCCGAGGACCUUCGGUGGGUUUUGAGGGCGGCCUUUGGGGCGGCGGUGAGGGGAACGAGUUGGGCCAGGCCGGUGGCGGCGGGGUGACUGGGCUGGUGCGAUUCUCGUGCUUCGUGCACCAUGUGGUGGACGUGUCUUUGAGCUUGGGCGGCAGCCGUGUUAGUCCUGGCUCUCGUCGUGUUACUUCUGCCGUCGGCUACGCCGCCGGUCCGUCGGGUGUCGCGACCGACUUCGGCCGCCUUCACCGGCUGGAGGGGGUCCGCGUGGACGGAAUCUUCAAGCAGGACACUCGAAGGGCCGUCGACGUUGGCCCCGGGUCCCAGCUCCGCAUCUACGACCCUUGCUGCGUCUGGUACGACGCUGAGGGGGUGGGUCAUCUUCCCACGAGAGCGGCAGUGGCGAAGGUUCCCGGACGACCGGUACUGCAGCAGCCAGCGCCCUGA